GUUCGGUCACCGGCUCUCAGUCAGUCUCAGUUGGCCGUUCCGCUCGUUCGGGAGUGUUUUUUCCUGUCUGGUUUUGCGUAUCGCGCGCGCAUUUUUGUUCAAAUUUCGUUCCGGUGUCGUGAAUCCCACGCCUACUACAGAGGAGACCCCCCUUUGACCUACCCCUGCACGUGUGUCUUGGAAAGAAUCGCAGCCAAGCGUGGCCCCCUUGGAUUAAAAGUAAGCCUACCAAAUUCACCACCAGCACCGCCCGUAGUUUCUGCUUGAGCCGUCAAGAUGUCGCACGCAGUCGUCAUAACGCGGACAACAACCACCACCACUAGCACCUCGCAUGUCGUGCUCAACACCGGCUAUCUGAAAACGACCCCCGGACUGCUCAAGCUGGCCCAGCUGAUCAUCGGGGCAGUGAUACUUGGACUGGUGUUUUGGGAUUCUUACUAUUUCACACUAGGCGAUCGGCGAAUGUUUUUCAUGCUGACGGUCAUUACGUUUUGCAUUGGAACGUUCUGCCUGCUGGCUUACUGUUUGGUUACUAAAACAGCCAAUUCGAAAUAUUUCUGUGAAGUAUUUUAUCAUGCGGUGGCUUCCAUCCUAUACCUGACUGCAUCCGGGCUUUUAUUGGACCUGACCGUACAACACUGGGACAGACCUGACUACCAGAGUGCCUACAUGCCUACGUCUAUUUUGGGAGUAAUCGUCUCAGUGCUGUAUCUGUUCAGCGCAAUACUCGCCAAACGGUCCUAUCGAAGCAUUUGAAUUAGAACGGAUUGGAACGGAAUGGAAAAUGACAUUUUUUUAACUGAGAAGAUGAGUUUUUUUAUUUCAAGCAAUAAAUAACCCAAUGUAUGUAUAACGAAAGUUAAGUUUCUUUCAAUUGAGAUAUUAUCCUGACACAUGUUGUUCAUAUCGCAUGAAUUGUUAAAUCUCAAAAUGCCGUGCUAUGUCCAUAUAUCUAAGCUGACGGGUUUAACAUACUUACUGAUUUUCCUCAUGUCACGGGAUUUCAAUCCGUUGACUGUCAUCUAGAAGAUAACGUUAAAUUUAUUUCGUCUUCUAAUCUUACGUGAAGGUCUUUACUCUUACGUAAAGUUUACACAAACUUUUAUCUAUUUGCGAGUUCUUAAAACCAAAAAACAGUACUUAUUUCAGUUCAAAUUUUAAACAAUUAACGCUUUUCCUACAGAUAACUUUGAGGACCAAAUCCACAAUGACGCAGUUUUAGCACCAGUCAGUUUGGCAUUUAUUGAGCAAUUAUAUAUAAAAGUUUCAAUGUUGGCUAGAUAGUUAAACUAUGGAUACAAUUAAAUGUUUUAAAUUGUUUAAAAAUGCAAAGAAUUUGUAAGCAAAAAAGCGUUAAGUACAUAAAAUGCACAAAAUAGCUCACCGCAAAAGCACUUCCCUAACACGGAUGUGAACUUCAAGUACCUACAAUGCUUAAACUUUUGAAGGAAAUUUAGCAAAUCCUUCAUUUACCCUGGUGAUUUAAACCCAGCUUGUGAGUUCUUCUAAGUCCGUCAAAAUUAGUUCGGAGCAGUUUAAUAGAUCCUUUUUACUCCAUUGUUCUUUUUAGAUGUAAUUUUAGCCUUGAUCCCGAUGGAUCACCACUAAAAAGUGAUUUUUGACGAAAUUCCCUUUGGCACACUUUUGAACGUUCCUUUUAGAGUCACCACUUUUGAUUGGCCCGGACAAGGUUGUCAAUUGUACCGAUACUCAAUAUCAUGUCUCGGGCUUCAAAGGUAUCGUAAUUUUGUCUAAUGAUUCGGAGAUUUUUCAGUUUUUGUGCAUACUUUGUUCUUCGAAAUAUCUGGGUGCUGAUUGUACUUGGAGAGUUAGGACCUUCAACAGCUGGGCCCAGUCACUUCCACAAAGACCGAAAAAGCUCCAGAACUGAAGAUCACUAAGGUUGUGCGAAGCUGGUGCUACCGGGCAUCAGGGUGAGCUACGUGGUGCCGCCCUGUCUGAACGGUUCAGCAACUCUGUCUUUGCGACUGCAACUCUGUCUGAAUUCGCGAGUGGGGAUCCCGACAAACCUCAGAAUCUUGCAAAUACAUGGAGGUCAUUCGACGUGCUCUGUUACGAUUCUCUUGAAAAGAUCAGAGUAGAGAACCGCUCCUCCUAAGACAGCAAACCCAUGCUUGGUGAUGGAGAUUGGACGAGCUGUUGCUACCGUAUCCACGCGAGAGUUUGGAUCCAGGAUUGCAGUUUACAGAAGUUUCGGGGUCAGCACCAAACACACUCUAUGUCAUGUCCUAUCUUGCUUUUCUGUCGAUCUUACUGUCAUUUCGGGCGCGUACCAUUGAACUUCAUUUCGUUCCUUUGUUCUCAGCGCAGGGCACAUUGUCAAAAAAUUAACUCUGACAAGUUCUAAUAGGCAACUCCGCAAAUCCCGUAUCAUGAUACCGUGGUAGAUUUACCACACCGAGACUUUCACAAUGUGUAGUAAAGUGUAUUGAAAUCAUUUGCUAGUGAAGAUCACGAGCAUUAGGGAUGAUAAGUACGAUACCCAAGUUAAAACCUUUUUUAUCGCCAGUGUAACUUGUUCAAGAGAAUCGUAUUGACAACUCUAGAAAGCGAUUCUGAUUGAUCUAUCAAAAAAUUGCGCAGGUUUGGAACCAAUCACCCAGGCCCUCUCGGCACCUAACCAUAUUCGCGCCGGCCAAACCUCCACCGGAAGAAGAUCUGGAAAUCAAAACCAAAGUAUACCAGCUUGUCUCUACGGAAAUCCCAACGAAGUCAACGGUGUUGAAGCAAAUAUUGAAUUUUCUCUCAUUUUUCAUAAUGGCGCGGUAAACUAACAGUAGAAAUUAAAUGUUCAUUAAAUCUCGACAAUCGAACAGAAGGAGAAGAAUGAGUGUCGUGUGAGCAGCAGCGCCGAGAAGAUGGAUUUUUUUGGCGUUCUUUUUGUGCUGUAUUCGUGAUCGUGUUCAUAUCAUGCAUGCGGUGAGGGGGGUCAUUGUGCUAAUGAAUAUUAUUGCGCGUCAGUAUCGUGUGAGCAGCAGCGCCGGGAUGAUGGAUUUUUGUGGCGUUCUUUUUGUGCUGUAUUCGUAAUCGUGUUCAUGUCGAAUUAUGUGGAAGGUGCGAAGCCGCGUGUUAGGAUUCUUGUGUCUUUGUUGUUUUAUUUGUGUUUCCAUCUGAAGUAUUAGUUUUAAAAUUAUUUUCAUUUUUUACAGCUUUCUGGAAUUAUUUUAAAUCAAAUGUCUACAUGUAAAUUUGUCUACUCACUAUAUGAUUUAUUUAAAUGUUCAUAUUAUUCCUGAUCCUAUUCCUUUCCUGUAGUAUACCAUCUCCUCAUACCAUAUAUGAUCAAAUUGCUUAAAUUAACGAAACUUUCUAAAACAGCAUGGAAACCAUCUGGAGCAUUUA